AUGAAUGAUGACAUGACAAUAGAAGAUGGCUUGAGUGCUGCAGUUAAGACUGUUAAGUUAAUCCCAAUAAAGAGAGGUAUAGACAAUUAUGAAGCUGUCGAAACUGAUGACUUGACAAGCAUCCUAAAGAAAAGCCGGAAGCAUGAAAGCAUAUCCAAAGAAGAGUCGGAUCAUGAGUUUAAGAAACUGAAGAAGCAUCUUCUUAAACAGUUAAACUUUAACUUACCUGUGGAUGACAAUGUUGUAUUACCAUUUCUGGAGGAAGCAGAACAAGAAAUAGAUAGAAUGGCCAAACAGGCUAUUAUACAGAAGGAGAGUCAUUCAGCCAUCAUAGUAGGACAAAGAGAAGGUUUCAAAACUUUCUUGCUUGAGCACAUAGUGUCAAAGAUAUCUAAAGACUUCAGUAAGCAGUUCAUUACUAUCAAGCUGAAUGGUUUAAUCCAUACAGAACUGACUGCUAUCAAUAGCAUAGCUACUCAAUUGGAAGAGCAGCUAAGCAAUAUUGAAAAUGUCGAUGGAGCAAAGCAGAAAAUGACAUCUAUUGUUGACAUUAGUCAGGGCUCUUUAACUGAAGUUUUUGAAAAAAUACUGCAUUUGCUAGAUGUUGCAUCCAUGAGCAGACAAAUUGAUGAUAGUGCUAAAUCAGACCAGUCUAAGGUGACUGUGCUGUUUUUGUUCGAUGAAAUUGAUGCGUUUGCGGGACCAGUAAGGCAAACUUUGCUGUAUAACUUAUUUGAUAUGGUGGAGCAUGCUCGAGUACCAGUUUGUAUAUUUGGGUGCACAACAAAACUGAACAUUUUAGAGUUUUUGGAGAAAAGAGUGAGGAGUAGAUUUUCUCAGAGGAUAGUGUACAUGCCCCAGAUAGGGUCUAGAGAACAAUUACUUCAAAACAUUAAAUAUUUGUUACAGAUACAUUCCGGAACGGAUCUCAAGUAUAAGGAGCAAUGGAAUGAAGCUGUGGAGGCAGCACUGGAAAAUGAAAGUACAGGACUAUACGAACUGGUUAAAGUAAAUGAUGAAAACUAUAGAUCAAUACCAAUGUUAAGAAACUCCUUGCUACCAAUGAUUGGAACCUCAUCAAAUUUAGAUCAAUUGAUGCAUAAUUUAAACUCUGGUGAGGCUUCUCUUCGAUACACCCAAAGUCUCUUAAAAAAUAAUCUACGUGAUAGAACAUUAUCUUUAUCAGAUCUGGAACUUGCAAUUUUGAUAUCGGCUUGCAGAGUUGCAGUGAAGACAAAAGAUGAAUCUGUAAAUUUCAAUCUUACAUACGCUGAAUAUGAGUCUAUUGUAAAGGUACUAAAUGCGAAGAUACCGACAAUGGUACCAAAGGAUACAGAAGAAAGAAAGAACACCAUCGUAUUUGAUUCUGCAAUCAAGCAGUGGCCAAAACGUGAUAUUAAGAACGUUUGGGAGUCAUUGCUGUCAUUGGGAUUUCUUGCAGAAAAAUCAGAUGUUGGUUUGAGAGAAUCUGCUAUGGCUGUUUUCUACGCUAGUAACUACCAGUUACAAGGUAAUGCUCUACCUUACGACUUACGUGUAUAUCAAAUGCAAAUUACUCUGCAUGAACUCAGAAGAACCAUUCCAAGGUCAUCUAUGUAUUACCAAUGGACACAAUUGUAA